AUGGCCAGACAAAGGCCCCGCCUACACCUCCAGGACCCUGAGGACUCUUCCACUGGAGCUCCCGCCAUUGCCACCUCUUCUUCCCUGAGAAUUACUCGCUCAGCUGCGAGACUUGCUGCAGACUCCCCCUCGUCCGCUGGCUCCGGCCUCUCUUCCUCGAUUCCAGCCGCUGGUUCGGCCCCAACUCGAAAGCGCAAGGCCCACGCACGCCGCGAUCGGUCUCUGGACGUUCCAGAAGAGACGAAUCCCCAAUCUCCUACCCGGAGAACCAAAAGACAGAGGCUCGCAUCUCCUCCUCAGCCAGCUACUACUGCUUCCACCAGUCGACGUGGUACCCGAAAUAGGCCAGCAAUGUCACAACAAGGUCCGUCAUCGAGCUCCCCGGAGGAAAGCACAAAGAAGCAGGCUUCGCCUCCGCCAUCGAGGCGAAAGUCCAGCAGACAUCGAGGAAAAGUAUCACAAGAUCGCCUCUCAGCCACGCAAUCUCCUCCCCCGCGUCGACAGAAGAAGCGCUCGUCGAGAACGAAUUCGGAUGUGAUGAUGAAAGAGGCAGAGGAGGAGCUGGACAAUCAUGAGCGCACUGCGAACCGGGAAUCUUCACCGUCGAAUGAUAGUAAUGAUGGCACGACUCCCUCCGGUAUGGACGAUGAUGAUGCAGAUCUGUUUCAUAACAGCCUUUUCGGUUCGCGAAGUCCGCUAGGGCUCCAGAGCACCCUUCGCGCACUCAGUGGCAUGAUGUCGGGCAUGUCGUCUCGACUGCGAGAGAUAUUAUGCAAUCUCAGAAUGAAAGAAGACCCUUCGAUCCAGUUGAUCGCGUUGCAGGAACUGUCUGACCUUCUACUUGUAUCAAAUGAGGACAAUCUUUCCGGCCAGUUUUCUCCAGAUCCCUACGUUAAGGAGUUGGUCUCUUUGAUGCAACCUGACCAGUUUGGCGAAGAGAACCCUGAAAUCAUGCUCUUAGCCUGCCGCUGUUUGGCUAACCUGAUGGAAGCUUUACGGGGCUCGGUUGCCAAUGUAGUUUACGGUGGAGCUGUCCCCAUCCUAUGCCAGAAACUACUGGACAUCCAGUUCAUUGACCUGGCUGAGCAAGCCCUCAGUACUUUGGCCAAAAUCUCGAUUGACUUCCCCGCUUCUAUCGUGCGAGAGGGCGGCCUGACAGCAUGCUUAACUUACCUAGAUUUCUUCCCCACAAGCACGCAACGUACGGCAGUGACAACUGCGGCCAAUUGUUGCCGCAACCUCCCUCAUGAUGCGUUUCCGGUUGUCCGAGAUGUGAUGCCCACGCUGCUAAAUGUUCUCUCGAGCAGCGACCAGAAAGUCGUCGAGCAGGGAUGUCUUUGUGUGUCGCGAAUUGUCGAAAGUUUCAAGUACAAGCCAGAGAAGUUGGAGGAACUGAUUGAACCCGAAAUGUUGAGGGCUGUGCUCCGUCUGUUGUUGCCGGGAACGACAAACCUUAUUGGACCUCACAUUCAUACCCAGUUCCUUCGCGUCCUGGCGAUCACAUCUAAAGCGAGCCCUCGGCUGUCCGUGGAGCUCCUCAAAAUGCACGUGGUCGACACCAUCUAUCAAAUUUUAACCGGUGUUUCGCCGCCCGAGAACCUUGAAGCCACGGGUGUUAGGAUGGAUAGCGUCUUGGUCAUGCAGGCUCUUAUUCACCGUCCGAGAGAACAGGUCUUCGAAACUCUCAAUGUCAUCUGCGAACUACUUCCUGAAGUCCCUCCAGGACGACAUGGUUCUUCAGCAGAUCGCAUGCUGGCAUCCUCCAUCGAAGAUAGCUCAGCCUUGGACGCCAAGCACCUUCAAGGACAGGAAUCCGCAGAGAAAAGACGUUCCCUGUUGAUGGAAUGCAAGGUUGAGCUCAAGCGCUUUGCCAUGAUCUUGCUGCCCACUCUCACAGACGCUUAUUCUAGUACGGUCAAUCUUGGAGUUCGGCGGGGGGUCCUCAUCGCCCAGCUCAAAAUGUUGCACAACCUGGAUGCCGCGUUAAUAGAGGAGGCCCUGCGCUCAGUUCCAUAUGCAUCAUACCUGGCUGCUAUUCUUUCACAGAAAGAUCAUCCAUCCCUGGUGUCGUUGGCUCUGCGAUGCGCAGAACUUCUCUUCAAGCGCCUCGAGCACGUAUAUCGGUAUCAGUUCCAUCGUGAAGGCGUCAUCUCGGAGAUCUUCAAGCUGGCUGAAGACCCCCUUUCCACUGACAAACAUUCGAAGGCGUCCCGCGAUACGCCCGGCACCGUUCCUAGGGAUCUCUCCAGUGAUUCACCCCGUGAGCCGAAAUCGGUUGCAUCAGAAGAUGAUGGUCAUGAUGAGGGUGGUCGCCAUGCAGCUGACGACGAAGACAAUGACCAAGAUGAUGAUCGGGAUGAGGAGAACGACGACAUUUCUGACUCGGAAAGCUCGUCCUCUUUCUCCGGUCACUACAAUACGACGAGAAUGGAAGAUGCUACCCAGGAUCUUGUCAUACGCGAUGCACGCGCCUUUGUCGAGCUCUAUGAAGCGAGCGAAGGCAAAGCCAUGCGAGAGCGGGCUCAGCAGAUUCUGGCUGAAUUGCAAAGCCUUGCAGCAGAUAUAGAGGAUUGCUAUCUUGGCGACGGAAACGGCGAAGGGCUCCCGCUUUUCCAGGAAUUAGCCUCAUACUUUGACGGAGAUGCGCUUGAAAGUAUCACCAGUGCUGAGUUGCUCAAUUCCGGAAUCAUCAAGGUGCUCUUGGAUGUGUUUGGUGAUCUACAAUGUUUGCUCCCUGUUUACAUUAUUCCUACGGCUAUUGACACGGUGACUGAUGCUUUUCAUGGGAUAGCUUCCUCCAUGCGCGACGCCCGUGCCGCGUUCCUGCAAGCCUUCAUGGGCUCAACGAUCUCAGAGAAAGCCCAGAGUCAAAGUACCGCCACAACUCCAUUCAGCGUGUUGAUCCAAAAGCUACAAGAUUUGCUUAGUCGAACCGAGCAUUUUGAAGUUAUCACCGUCAGUCACAAUUCACUAGAAAACACGCGUAUCAACGCCACCCACAUGCUGGGUAAGCAACUCAGACUCAAGCUAGUGGCCGAUGAGGAUUCAGAUAUUCCUCGUCCCUACAGAAACAUCAUGGUCUCGAUUCACGCUAUCGCAACGUUCAAAUCGUUGGAUGAUUUCCUCCAUCCCAGGAUAAGUCUUUCUGAUCGUCCCAAGGCGUCACGCAGCAGUGAUACGAUUCUUUCGCAGAUCGCCAGUGCGGCACGUCUCCGUGAACAGCUCGCUGGUGGGGGCGAGUUCUCUAGCAGUGACCUGCCAACCCAAUCAAGGCCGUCAGGGGGCACUAACCUGACGUCUGGUCGCGACGAAUCAAAAUUGCGCGACAAGAAGUCCCCUGUCGGACACCGUGAUGUUGCAUCGAGAUCCAGACAAGGUGGGCGGCAUUCGAGCGCUCCGGAAGACGAAUCAGAGCACGACGACGAGCCAUUAGAAUGUGCGGACGAGAGGCAUUUGAGCGAGGACGAAGAAGACGAGGACGAGGACGGCGAUGAGGAGCUCAAUGCCAUCGUCGACGAUCUGGAAGAUGACCUAUCAGAUGACAACCAUCACGACCCCACUGCCGUGAACAUGGAAGUGGCUUCUACAGGCAAGGUAACAGCACGGAAGGAGGACGGAACUCGUGUGGCGACGCCGUCUCAGUCGACUCCCGCAUCCAAGUCAUCUUCAUCCGCCGCAAAUACAGUCGCGAAUACGACAGAAAGCAGCUCGCUGGCCACUGCUGGUCGACCCUUCGCUUCUUACGCGGCCGCUAUGACCUCCAUUCCUCAAGACUGGCACAUCGAGUUCAGCGUAGAUGACAAGCCUGUCUCCAGUGACACCACAAUCUACCGUGCGGUCCAUCACAAUCGCGAGCACGCGGAUGCUGGGCCAAGGAAUGUGUGGUCUGCCAUUCACACUGUCAAAUUCAGGCGGGUUCCGGGACCACCGCCCCCGGAGCCUUCUACCAUUACGCCCGGCCUCGAAGAAGAACUGUCCAGCAACGGCGCUGAGAUGCCAUCCUCUCUGAGCAAAGAUUCCAUCACAGCGCCGAUCCUACGUCUCCUUCGGUCUUUGCACGAGAUGAAUGUCACUUUAGAUGACAUACUUGCUGAUACCAAGGAGCUCGUAGCACUAAGACCGGAGCCGCUGGCACAAUUUAUCAACACCAAGCUCACUGCCAAGCUCAACCGUCAGCUCGAGGAACCGCUCAUCGUGGCUAGCAGCUGCCUGCCUAGCUGGAGCGAAGAUCUGGCACGGCUUUUCCCCUUCCUAUUCCCCUUUGAAACUCGGCAUCUAUUCCUUCAGUCAACUGCUUUUGGCUAUGCCCGAGCGAUGAUGAGAUGGCAAAAUUCCCAGAAUGCGGAUGACAGCCGGAGCGACCACCGACGCGAUGACCGACCAUUCCUGGGACGUCUCCAGCGACAAAAGGUCCGAAUCUCCAGAAGUCGCAUCCUUGAGUCGGCCAUGAAGGUCAUGGAGCUCUACGGUUCUUCGCCCAGCGUUCUCGAGGUAGAAUACUUCGAGGAAGUCGGAACGGGAUUGGGCCCGACUCUUGAGUUUUACUCCACAGUCUCGAAGGAAUUCUCCAAGAAGAAGCUCAAGAUUUGGAGAGAAAACGACUGCCACAAUGACGAAGAGUUUGCCUUCGGCAAGCGUGGCUUGUUCCCGGCUCCCAUGAGUGAGGAACAAGCUGCCUCGGAGCCCGGAAAGAAACAACUGAGCUUGUUCAAAACGCUUGGAAAGUUCGUUGCUCGGUCGAUGCUUGACUCUAGGAUCAUCGAUAUCUCUUUCAACCCGGCCUUCUUCCGUAUUGCCGAUAGCUCUUCCUCGGUGGCUCCGUCUCUGGGCACAGUUAAAGCCGUCGACCAGGAUCUUGCAAACUCUCUUCUGUUGCUGAAGCGCUUCGCGAACGCGAAGAGGGCAAUCGACCGCGAUCGGACUCUCUCGGCCGCAGCGAAGUCGCAAGCUCUGCAGAAUGUCGAAAUUGACGGCGUCAGAGUAGAAGAUUUGAGUCUUGACUUCACUCUGCCUGGUUAUCCUUCAAUUGAACUAAUCGAUAACGGUUCCAACGUUCCUGUGACGAUUGAAAAUGUUGACGAGUACGUUGAUCGAGUGGUCGACAUGACACUGGGUAGCGGCGUGCAACGUCAAGUGGAAGCGUUCCGGACUGGGUUCUCGCAGGUCUUCCCGUACUCUGCGCUUCGGACUUUCACCCCCAAUGAGCUCGUCAUGCUGUUCGGAAGGGCCGAAGAAGAUUGGACUAUUGAGACUCUCAUGGACUCAAUCAAGGCCGAUCAUGGAUUCAAUAUGGAUAGCAAGAGCGUCCGAAACUUACUGCAGACAAUGAGCGAGUUGGAUACACAGCAACGGCGCGAUUUCCUCCAAUUUGUCACCGGCAGCCCGAAGCUUCCCAUUGGAGGUUUCAAGAGUCUCACCCCUAUCUUCACCGUUGUCUGUCGUCCCAGUGAACCUCCUUACACCCCCGAUGACUACCUCCCCAGCGUCAUGACGUGUGUGAACUACCUGAAAUUGCCAGACUACAGCAGUCUGGAGGUUCUUCGAGAGAGGCUUUCCGUUGCUAUUCGAGAGGGUCAGGGUGCCUUCCACCUGUCCUGA